AAUACUAUUAGUGUCUGCUUUAUGUUAGUAAACAGGUCUGGAGACAGUGUGCUGCGGAGACUAAAAGGGUCUGGGAAAGGUUAAGCGUUCAUCCAGGGUCGCCAAUGCCCUGGGGGCUAGUGUGUGUGUUUAAUCUAGAACAGAAACAUGAGGUCUCAGCUGCAUUUUGAUGAUGUAAUUUGGUUAGUCACGGAAUACUCUGCACUGUUAUAGUGUUACAUUAGUUACUGAGCUUUGAGUUUUUUAACCAAGGACUUGUUGCCAGACUUCUGGACAGGGUUUAGCUUCAGAUGCAGGCUAAAUGGAAAAGUAAUGUUCAGGCUACAUGUUAGUGCUUGAGAGGCAGCUGGAACAAAGGAUUGCGAUGAAUAGAAAGGGCAAAGGUCAGGGCGCAAAUCCAGAUGUGCGUCAUCAUUGGGAUAUACUGCGCUUUUGGGGUGGUCCAAAGAUCAACCUGGUGUCUGCUUUAUAGAAUACACCUUAGCAGACGCGCAAUUCUACGGUAAAUGUGACAAUACCUUCCUUUAUAACAGCGACAACCCUAAAAACUCAGGGGCACCAGGAUGCAAAUGUUGUCGGGGGGCUUUGACUUAUCCCAACAACCAUUGCCAAAGCGGCACAGUGACUGUCCGCCACAGAAGCAUCGCUCUUGUUUAUGGUGUGCUGCUGCCCGCCAUUUACCGCUCUCUGGAGUCUGCAGGUGGAAACCGACAGCAUCUCCGGUUUUUAGUGCGCCAGGUUUGAUAAUGGAAGCAACAGAUAUCAUGGAUUUAACGCAUCAGAAACCGAGAAAGCACCCGCGUCCAAUCAAUUCCGUGGAUGAGUCCGUACUACACGCGUCCCUGAAACGAAUCUCAAUGCGAACAGGAGCGGAAUGCGGAGACGCUCCGUUCAUGUACUCGAGAAGCGACCCCUCACCUGCAGCAUCACUAAAGCAGAAUGAUAAUUCUGUAUCUUCCUCGUCAGCGCAGGAUAACCGUUCCAGCAUGUCCAGGCCAAUGAUCACAAGAUCGCCAGCAUCUCCCCUGAGUAACCAGGGCAUCCCGACACCCGCCCAGCUCACCAAGUCCAACGCCCCUGUACACAUCGACGUGGGCGGACACAUGUACACCAGCAGUCUGGCCACGUUAACCAAGUACCCAGAGUCCAGAAUCGGCCGUCUCUUCGAUGGCACAGAGCCCAUAGUGUUGGACAGCCUGAAGCAGCACUACUUCAUAGACAGGGAUGGACACAUGUUCCGCUACAUCCUCAACUUCCUCAGGACUUCCAAGCUCCUCAUCCCAGAUGACUUCAAAGACUACAGCCUUCUGUACGAGGAGGCCCGGUACUUCCAGCUGCAGCCCUUGCUGGCCGAGCUGGAGCGCUGGCGCCAGGACCGCGACCUGGCCCGGGUGUCACGCCCCUGCGAGUGCCUGGUGGUACGUGUGGCGCCCGACCUGGGAGAGAGGAUCACGCUGAGCGGAGAUAAGGCCCUCAUCGAGGACGUGUUCCCGGAGAUCGGAGACGUCAUGUGCAACUCGGUCAAUGCCGGCUGGAACCACGACUCCACACACGUCAUCCGCUUCCCGCUCAAUGGAUACUGUCAUCUCAACUCUGUCCAGGUGUUGGAGCGUCUGCAGCAGCGUGGCUUUGAGAUUGCUGGCUCCUGUGGUGGGGGCGUGGACUCGUCCCAGUUCAGCGAGUACGUCCUGAGGAGGGAACUGAGGAGGGCAGGCCAGCGAGGAGGGCCUAACUCAAACAGGAUAAAACAGGAGCAGCUGGACUAGACUAGAGACCUCGCAGAAACUGGGGGGCGCUAGACUCUUUUUCGGUGGCAGCCAAGCGCUCGACGGGACACAGCGGAACUCUGUGGACUCUGUGGGGCUAUUCUUGCAAACAUUAGAAUAAGUUUAAGUUUGUCUCAAAAUUUGCAUCAGCUAAUUAAAAUCAUUGACGAUGUUGCACGUGUUCAAAUGCUACAUAUUAGCUUUUCCCAUCAGAUAACCUGCCCUAUGCUAACCUAGGCCAGCUGGCAGUGAUUGUUACCUGUAACAAAUUCUGCAUCAGCCUAUCAAAGAUCUUAAACUUAAUAUCCAUCAACCAAUGGCAUUUCUUAAAAUAUGUCAACUUGGCCACCAGAGGGAUAUUUUUCAACCACCGAGGUUUACUUUUGUUCCUCUUAGUCUGUCUCAAGUGUGGAGUGCCAAUAUUGCAUGAUGCAUCCUUGAUUAGGCUACUAGCUAGGUUAUCUGAUGGGAACAACUAACAUAUAGCGUUCGAUCACGUGCAACUAUGUCAAUGAUUUUAAUUAGCUGGUGCGCAUUUUGAGACCGAGAAAAAGUUUAAACUUAAAUGUAUUCUAAUGUUCGCAAGUAUGGCCCGAUGCAGCGUGUUCUCUUUUUGUUUUGUUUCUUUGUCGUUAUAUUUUUUACAACUUGAGAAGAACCACUGAGAAAGAAAGAAAAUAAGGCGCGACAGGAUAAUUUUUUUGCCGUAAGAGAUACAGAACAUUUGAUAAGAUUAUAUCUCAAGGACAUUUGUGAAUGUUCAAGCCCCCCACAUUGAGAGAUAAGAGGGUUCAUAUUCUUUUCGCAGGGUCCCUAAGUGAAGUUUGUUUUAAAACUUCAAACCUACGGUUAGAUAUAAUUUCCAUGAUUAACAACAUGCAACAUUUUAAUGGUUUGACUGCACAUGUAGUGCAAGGCCUCUCACCAGUGAUUUGUAGUUUUUCAUUUACCCACUGGCAUAUUGGCCAAGUCAAAUUGUUCUGCCAUACUGUAAAAAGUUCACUGUAAUAUGUUGCAAGAUCUCAGUUCACAUAAACACCAUUAUUUUGAACUGAAUAUGAUGCAUUCGUAUCCACACUCUUAUUCACACAGGAUGUUAAGUAUCGUGAUACAUACAAAUGAAGUGGUUUUAUCGAAGUUAGCUUAUUGGAUUUUAUGCUAUGAAAUAUAGUUCACAGUAUUAUCAAGAUUUUAUGUCAUAGACCAUUCUAUACUCACUAAAUGAAAAUUAUUAAGUAAAUUAUUAUAAGAAAUGGCACUGAAUUGCCUCUUUUAGGGGACUAAGCCUAGAGAACAGUUGUGAUUUAAUUUAGAGGAUCACAAGAUCCUAUUGAGUGACAUACUGUAAAUGAGAUUUGCCAUUGUAUAUGUGUUUGUGAGUAUUUUUUAUGUUGAAAUGGACACCUUUUUAAACUGAAUAAUGUUGCCUCAUUAAUGACUGAAUAGGUGAGGCUAUUAUUAUAAGACCCACAUUUAAGAAUUACUCUUAGGACAUAUUGCUGAUUAUGAAUUUUGAUGAUCAUAAACUAUUUCUAACGCGAUCUACCUACGCUCCCUAGAUUUGAGUAAUAAGGAAUGUAGCACUAAAAUGUUAAAUAAAUCUUCAACUAAAGUUGUACUGAUGACUGA